UAUAAUCCAUUAAUACAAACCUACCAACUACGACUGAUAUAAAAUAUACACGAUUAGAUAAGAAAAAUCGUAUAUAUGGAUAAGGCAAAUUGAAAAUAUUGUUCAACUUCAUCAGUAAGUGGUUUGAAAAUGUUUCCACCACCAGGACCACCACACGGACCCCCACACCAUCACGGUCCACCAGGACCACCACACCACGGACCACCGCACCAUGGUCCACCACAUUUUGGUGGUCCACCCCAUCACGGACCCCCACACCAUGGUCCCCCACACCAUGGGCCACCCCAUCAUGGCCCACCACCACCUCCACAUGGCUUGCCACCCUGCUUUCACUCAUACCACACGCCCGGGUGCCAUCACUGUGGGGGAUGGAGGUGGUAAAAAGGACAAAUAAACAUUUUUUUUUAUUUUGUUUAUCUGAUGUAUUGGUGUUGAUAUGCAGUACUUUUGUGGUAUUUUUAUGUUGUAAUAUUUUUUACAUAUCCGGUUACAAUUUUUUUUUGUAUUAUAUUUUUUUUAUCAGUUAAUAAUAUAAAUAGCUUAGAAACUGAA